GAGGUAAAAUGCACCCUUGCUGCCCCCUGGUAACUUUGGAACAGGACCUUCACAGAAAAAUGCAUAGCUGGAUGCUGCAGACUCUAGCAUUUGCUCUAACAUCUCUCGUCCUUUCGUGUGCAGAAACCAUCGAUUAUUAUGGGGAAAUCUGUGACAAUGCAUGUCCUUGUGAGGAGAAGGACGGCAUUUUAACUGUGAGCUGUGAAAACCGAGGGAUCAUCAGCCUCUCUGAGAUUAGCCCACCCCGCUUCCCAGUCUACCACCUCUUGUUGUCUGGAAACCUUCUGAACCGUCUCUAUCCCAAUGAGUUUGUCAACUACACUGGGGCUUCAAUUUUGCAUCUGGGUAGCAACGUGAUCCAGGACAUUGAGACGGGGGCUUUCCACGGGCUUAGGGGUUUAAGGAGACUGCAUUUGAACAAUAAUAAGCUGGAACUUCUGCGGGAUGAUAUAUUCCUUGGUUUGGAGAGCCUGGAGUACCUACAGGUCGAUUAUAAUUACAUCAGUGUCAUUGAACCCAAUGCUUUUGGGAAACUGCAUUUGUUGCAGGUGCUUAUCCUCAAUGAUAAUCUCUUGUCCAGUUUACCCAACAACCUUUUCCGUUUUGUGCCCUUAACGCACUUGGACCUGCGGGGGAACCGGCUGAAACUGCUGCCCUAUGUGGGGCUGCUGCAGCACAUGGAUAAAGUUGUGGAGUUACAGCUGGAGGAAAACCCCUGGAACUGCUCCUGUGAGCUGAUCUCCCUGAAGGAUUGGCUGGACAGCAUCUCCUACUCGGCCCUGGUGGGGGAUGUGGUUUGUGAGACGCCCUUCCGCUUACAUGGGCGGGACUUGGACGAAGUGUCCAAGCAGGAACUUUGCCCCAGGAAACUUAUUUCAGACUACGAGAUGAGGCCGCAGACGCCUUUGAGCACCACGGGGUACUUACACACCACCCCAGCUUCGGUGAAUUCCGUGGCCACUUCGUCCUCUGCUGUUUACAAACCUCCCUUGAAGACCCCUAAGGGGACACGCCAACCCAACAAGCCCAGGGUGCGCCCCACCUCUAGGCAGCCAUUCAAAGACUUGAGCUCCAGCAAUUCUGGCCCCAGCAUCGCCUACCAGACCAAAUCUCCCGUGCCUUUGGAGUGCCCCACCCAGUGCUACUGCAACCUGCAAAUCUCCGAUCUGGGCCUCAACGUCAACUGCCAGGAGCGAAAGAUCGAGAGCAUCGCAGAGCUGCAGCCCAAGCCCUACAAUCCCAAGAAAAUGUAUCUGACGGAGAACUACAUCGCGGUGGUGCGCAGGAGCGACUUCCUGGAGGCCACGGGGCUGGACCUCCUACACCUGGGCAACAACCGCAUCUCCAUGAUCCAGGACCACGCCUUCGGAGAUCUCACCAACCUGAGGCGCCUGUACCUGAACGGCAACAGGAUCGAGAGGCUGAGCCCAGAGCUGUUCUAUGGCCUGCAGAGCCUGCAGUAUCUCUUCCUCCAGUACAAUCUCAUUCGUGAGAUUCAGCCGGGGACCUUUGAUCCGGUCCCCAACCUCCAGCUGCUAUUUCUCAAUAAUAACCUGCUGCAGACCAUGCCCCCGGGCGUCUUCUCCAGCCUGACCCUCCUCAGGCUGAACCUGAGGAGCAACCACUUCACCUCCUUGCCGGUGAGUGGCGUCCUGGACCAGCUGAAGUCACUCAUCCAAAUCGACCUCCACGACAACCCUUGGGAUUGCACCUGCGACGUGGUGGGCAUGAAGCUGUGGGUCGAGCAGCUCAAAGUGGGCGUCUUGGUGGACGAAGUCAUCUGCAAGGCGCCCAAGAACUUCGCUGAGACGGACAUGCGCUCCAUUAAGUCGGAGCUGCUGUGCCCAGACUACUCCGACGUGGUGGUUUCCACGCCCACGCCCUCCUCCAUCCAGGUCCCCUCCAGAACCAGCGCGGUGACCCCCACCGUGCGGCUGAACAGCACCGGGGGCCCCGCGGGCUUGGGCGCAGGCGGAGGCGCGUCCUCCGUGCCCUUGUCCGUGCUGAUCCUCAGCCUGCUGCUGGUCUUCAUCAUGUCUGUCUUCGUGGCCGCCGGGCUCUUCGUGCUGGUGAUGAAACGCAGGAAGAAGAACCAGAGCGACCACACCAGCACCAACAAUUCCGACGUGAGCUCCUUCAACAUGCAGUACAGCGAGGAGAGGCGGGAAAGCCACCACUUGCGGAGCCCAGCCUACAGCGUCAGCACCAUCGAGCCCCGGGAGGACCUGUUGUCCCCGGUGCAGGACGCCGACCGCUUUUACCGGGGCAUUUUAGAACCAGACAAACACUGCUCCACCGCCCCCGCCGGCAGUAGCCUCCCGGAAUAUCCCAAAUUCCCGUGCAGCCCCGCUGCCUACACUUUCUCCCCCAACUAUGACCUGAGACGCCCCCACCAGUAUUUGCACCCGGGGGCCGGGGACAGCCGGCUGCGGGAACCGGUGCUCUACAGCCCCCCCAGUGCUGUCUUUGUAGAACCCAACCGGAACGAGUAUCUGGAGUUAAAAGCAAAACUAAACGUUGAGCCGGACUACCUCGAAGUGCUGGAAAAACAAACCACAUUUAGCCAGUUCUAACAGCAAAGAAACUCCCUUGGAGCUUUUGCGUUUAAAACAAACAAGCAAGCCGAUACACACGGUGAACAUAUUUGAUUAAUUAUGUUGUUUCAACGUUUAGAGUGAAGUGCCUUGGCACGAGAUUCUUAGCUUCGGCGGAAGAUACUGAAAGGGUGUGCAAUUUCCUUUUAAUUUUACACAUGGGGAAGCGUUUGUGUAAACAGGGCGCAUCCCUUUCCCUGGCGUGUGGGGGAGGAGAAGAGUAGGGGUUUUUGGAAGGCAAGUUGAUGCACGGGUGACUUAUGAAAGGUGGCAGUCAUUUUUCUAGUGGUUGGAAGUGCUAAGAAUGGUGGAAGAUGACAGCGCAUAGAUUCUACUCUUUCUCUUUUGCUCCCUUCUCCCCUCCCCUUCUUCCCCUUUAAGCCGCGGGUGGGUCUACAUGGCUUUUGUGGAGAGAUUAGCACACCCCAACUUUAAUAGAAAGUUCAUUCUCUUCUUUUCCUCUUUCUCCUCCCCCUCCCUCUCUCUGCUUCCUUGCUCCCUCCUCUCUCAUUCCUUUUCUUUCUUUUAAAAGGAUGUGUUUGUAUGCAUUCUGGACAUUUGAAUUAAAAAUCAAAAGUGUUGUGAUCUCGAAAGGAUCACCAGAGAUGUGGACAAAUCAUUAAAAUUACAGAGCUAUAUGAUCCAUAAUUGAUUAGUCAAAAUAACUUAUUGAUGAAAUAUACAAAUAUUUUAUUGUAGCACCUAUUUUUAUAUGCACAUUUAGCAUUUCUCUUUCCUUCACUAUUUAGCCUAUGAUUUCCACAGAGGUGUCACACUAUGUUAGAAGCUGCAUUUCCAAAAUUGAAGUGAUAUCAGGAAGGCAUUUUAAACCACUCAAAAUAUGGAGAACUUAAUGACAAAAUUUUAAAGCCAGUGCAACCCACCCAAUUGGAUCUGUAAUUUAAAAAAAAAACUGAUUGUACCCCAAUAUAUAUUAAAAUAUUAGGGCAAUUAAUUGGGCCAUUUGGGUGAGAAUCAGGUGCAAGUUUUGGGUUUUAUUAGAGAAGAUUUCAAAGUAUUUUUUAUUAGUCAACCAAAAUGAUGUAUUGAUUUGACUACUAUUGUAGCCGAUUUUUGAUUGUUUAACCAAACACCGUUGCAUUUGUACAGAUCCACGUGUUCUAGCACCUCAGAAGACCAAAUGAUGGACUGUACAAAUCCCUAUACAAUGUCUUUAUCCCUCUGGGCAGCAAGCAAUGAUGAUAACCACAAACAGGAUCUCUGUAAGAUGGGGCUAUUGUUGUUACAGUCUUAUAUGUAUCCCAGCACAUGUAAUUUUUUAAAUAGUUUCUGAAUAAACACUUGAUAACUAUGUCAAA